AUGUUGGACGAGUCCUGUGCUCUGGACACAGGAAUUUUUGCAAUGUCUCCGGAGUGGUGCCUUGCAUUUUUCAAGCUGGGUGCCGCCCAAUGCGAUGGCAAGACACUGAUCAAAGCAGUGCAGGCAUCGGACAUCUAUUUCGACUUCUAUGUCGAGGUUGUCAUGGCCAGCUUGCCCGGGCAGACACGGGAGCAGUUUGCCAACCGUGUUUCUGGCAUGUCCAAGCUUCCUGUGGCUAUUCUGGAUCUCAUGCAUGACUACCUUGGAAGCCUGGAACUGAGAGGAGCCUUGAUGCAAGACUGUGCAUUUCUGCAUUUUGGAACGCUCAAGGAGUUCCCUGCGGCCUCCCUUCAGAUUUGCGAGCUUGGAUUGCAGCCGUUCUAUGCACACCUCGCGGAGGGCAGAAGCGACUGGAACCCGGUGCCUCCGGCAAAGCGCGGAGACCCCAUGAUCGUCAACAGCCAGGCUCAUACUGUGCGACUACGCAAAGAAGCUUCGGACUCGACCGAGAUGGUUUGGGUAGAAAUGUGUGCAGAUGUGCAAAUUACACUCUCUCCGAGCGGCUUUCACCUGCUGGUUGGACUCCAGGAUGUGAAAAUGGAAAGGCAAUUACCAGAAGGCUUCUGUUUGGACGGUCGCUUCAUCCAAAAGGAAGCAGCAGGAAGCACACCGAGCGAGAGAAGCUACAUUGUCGCAGUGUAUGCUGCUGCAGAUACUUUCAAAAAGGUCAAGCAGCCGGAGGAUGUCCUUUUUUGUGGGAUUCCUUUCCACUCUUGGUUGCAACAACGUCGUCUACGAGUUGAGCAUGUAUGGUCUAAUGCCCACGAGGCAGCCAGCUGCACUGAAUUAUGGACAGCCAAGCUUUUCCCGGCAACGACCUCUGCAGACUCGCUUGCGGAGCUUCUCCCAGGAUACUGGGAUGCAUCGUGCUUUCGCUCUGAUGACUUCAUCGCCCAGGUUCGUUUCAGCUUGGAAGACCUCAACAGGCUCGAUUCUGCACUGGAUCGGGAUGUCAGAAGAUGUCGUCUCAUCUCCUGA